GAAGAAACAAUUAGUAGGUGGUUUAAUGAUGUAUUGCUUACUAUUUGAGAUGUCAUAAUCUCUUACUGAAGAAACCUCAACCAUUUAGCCAGGAUAGAAUGGAUGAACGAUGGAAAUGGUUUAAGGAUUGCCUAGGAGCCUUAGAUGGUACUCAUAUCAAAGUCAAUGUCCUUGAGGCUGAUAAGCCUAGAUAUCGAAACAGAAAAGGUGACAUAACAACCAAUGUGCUUGGAGUGGUUGCUCCUGAUAUGCAAUUUAUCUACGUACUGGCGGGUUGGGAGGGUUCAGCUGCGGAUUCAAGGGUAUUGCGAGAUGCACUAUUUCGCAAUGGGUUUAGUGUUCCCCAAGGUAUUUUAUUGAGACUUUAAUAUGUUAUCAAAGUAACCAUUUGAUCUUUCAUUAAUUUUGUUCAAUUGUGU